AUGGUGGAAACCAAGAGUUCUCCCGAACCUGCAUUGCCCGCCAAACGCAAAGCCGACCCCACCUCCCAAGAUCACGACCCACAGCCCCAGAACGAAGAUCCUUCAGUCGACUCCGAAGAAGGAGAAGAGGAAGAGGAAGAGGACGAUGACUAUGAAGACGAUGAAGAUGACGAUGAAGAGGAGGAGAAUGGAAGCGCUCCAGUGGACCGGAAAGGGAAAGGGGUUUUAAUUGAGGAGGAAAUUGAUAGCGACGAUGAUGAUUCGAGCGAUGGCGGGAAUGAAUCAGAGGGGGAUUUAUCUGAUGAUCCGUUGGCGGAGGUUGACUUGGACAAUAUCUUACCUUCGAGGACACGGCGGCGAGUGGUGCGUUCUGGUGUUCGUAUUUCGAAAGAAGUCGGAAACAAGGGUAAAGCCGAUGAUGGCGAUGACAGUGCCUCUUAA